AUGCUUGAUAUGGAGGUUGACCUCCAGGCGCUCGGAGAGCUUGUGGGUGCACUCCAGCGGGUCUCGAUGGCCACAUCGUACACCUUGGAGGCCAAGUGCCCAUCAGGUACUCCAUGGCACCUGGCCCAUCCAAGUCGUCUACCCGGUCCUACCCAGCUCCGCGUUCCCUCAUGCCUACAACGGACCUGCUCCCGCUCUACAAAGACUCGGGCACCAGGUGUGGGGAAAUCUUCAUUGGCACGUCUCAUUCUUCAAGGUUCUGCGGUUGCUCGACCGACCCAAACAAUUGGAUGUACAGUUGAUGUAAAACAUAUUACUUACGGAAGCCCAGGGAGUUCAUCUAAUAGCAUCGUCGGUGAUGCUGAAAGGAACUUCUUUGUCGAGCUUUGGGAUGUUUCAGGGCAUGAUCGCUACAGAGAUUGCCGUUCACUUUUUUAUUCACAAAUUAAUGGUGUCAUAUUUGUUUAUGACCUAUCUCAGAGGAAGACAAAGACAAAUUUGAGCAAGUGGGCAGUUGAGGUUGCUGAGUCUGGGACCUUUUCAGCUCCUCUUGGGUCUGGUGGUCCAGGAGGUCUUCCAGUUCCUUACCUAGUGAUUGCUAACAAAGUAGACAUUGCUCCAAGAGAUGGUAGAAGAGUUAGCAGUGGAAAUCUUAUUGAUGUUGCUCGUCAAUGGGUUGACAAGCAAGGCCUACUUCCAUCGAGUGAAGAACUUCCACUUGUGGAUAGCUUCCCUGGCAAUUCUGGUCUGCUCACGGCUGCAAAAGAGGCAAGAUAUGAUAAAGAAGCUGUGGUUAAGUUCUUCCGCAUGUUGAUAAGGAGGAGGUAUUUCUCGAAUGAACUUCCUGCCCCUAGCCCAUGGUCUCUCACUCCCAGAGGGGAUACCAUUCUUCCUGUAGAAACCACGAAUGACGAGGAGUUGUUCAAAAGGAAAAGCUAUGGCGGGCAGAGGUACAAAUGCAACGGUGUCGCCCCACUAUCUGCACAGCAGAAUGUAACUCUACCACUCACUCCCUCUCCGCAGCAGCCAAUGUCCUCUUCCGCGGAGAACUACAGAUACCACAGAUUCUCGUCAUCGGCAAUUCCUGACAAAAACAGUAGUAGGACAAGCCGACUAGACAUCAAUUUAUGA